UAAAGAUUCUUUAGGUUCUCUGGGUGUUGAAGAGGAAAGAUUACCUCUGGUUGUAGCAAGAGAUGUAACAUUUAGUCAGUUCGCAAAACGAGUUGAGAUUAUUAAGGCCAGGAGGUUUUUUGACUAUCGUAAUGGAACUAUAACAAUUAUUGAGUUACCAACUGGCGAACACGAAGUUACACACACCAAAUUUAGCCGUCAGUUUACAAGUGCAUUCAAUAACGCACUAGCACAAGAUGAUAUAGAGAACUGGGGUGCAAAAAGUUUAUACACUAAUCUUCUAUCAGAUGAAUAUGAAGAGCCGGACGCAUGCUUUAUACCCAAACGUCUACUCGAUCCACUGAACCCAGCACAAAAUCCUUGUGAUCGAAAUGGGAACCCAUGGCCUACUAUAAUUCUUGAAAUUGCUUCCUCAGAAACACUUCAACAUGUAAAGGAUAAGAUAAAUGAUUAUUGGCUAGUCCCAAAUCGCUGUGAAGAUGUGAUUGUUAUUAAAAUAGGUACAUGGCGUGGGAGACGUCGUAAUAACCAGACUAGACGCCCUUUGCGACGUUUGCGGUGCCUAAAAUUUUGUCGGACUGCAACUCUUCAGCAGAAUCCUAAUGCUACAACAUUUGAUGCAAUUGAAGAGAUUGAGUUCGGUUCUGUAUAUGCUAAUGGAAGGGAAAGCCAUUUUUGUACUGGGCCUCACAUGAAAUGGAUUACAAUCAACCUGCCUUUCAGGCCUCCUCAAUUUCCUAAUCCUCUUCAAACACCAGGCGUUGCGAUCGACCUAUAUGAUAUUCAACAAUCGAUUUUUCAAGCUAUGGGUCCAAAUUGA